AGAUGGCUGGUUCUGCAAAGAUGUCUUGAGGUUCCUUCGAUAGAACAGCUUUUUCUUUUAGAGUGGUCCAAUUGUGGUUCAAAAGCUCAAACCGAACUUCUCUUUAAAAAUGACGAAAGCUGCUCACAGAAAAGUAGCGAAAAAAGGCCACACAGAGAGGGCCGAACUCAGACAGCCCGCCAAAAAAUAUUCGAAAAAACAUAUUCAGAACCAGGAGGGGAUAUCUCCGAGGUGGAAAAUUGGUCUCAUCAUUAUCUUGCUUUGUUUAUUAAUUGGAGCAAUUGUUGUGUAUUUCAAUCCUUCCUCCAAAACUGGUCCCAAAGGAAAGGUUCCACGAGAAAGGAACGACGAUCAAAAUAAAAAAGUGAAAAAGUCGAAGGAUGACCUAAGUGAGGACAAAAAACAAAAAUCGACAGAAGCUCAUGAAAAUCCUAAUGAGUUCAAAGAUUUCUAGCUUUCUAUUCAAAGUGAACUACAAAUGAAGGAUCUAAAAGAAAUCAAUCAAGGGCUGAAACUCAAGGCACUUACACACAGUAAUUCAAAAAGUAGUGUCCGUGCUUACGUGAUUGAAAAUUUUCUCAGCGAUAUGGAAUGUGACAGGCUCACUAUGGUGCAUGACAAGUAUGUGUCUGAGUUGAACAAGCAGGUACCCAUUAUCUGCUUCGACAGUAUCAAGUCUUUCCGUGAAUACUUAAAAGAAGCAAAGCUCAAAUUUAAGGUUUCUCUGAACGAUUUCACAGAAGGAACAACCUGCAUAAAUGAGACAUUUUCAAAAACAUUACAGCCUCAUUUUAAGUGGAGUUAUAGCACAGCAUUUUAUCCAGGAGAGAGUAAAUUUUCAACAAUAUUUGCAGAGAGAAUAUCAAGGGCUACAGGGUUGAAGCUUGAAAAUGGUGGAAAGUUCCAAAUAACUUCAUAUCCACAGAAUAUUGGUUACAAGAAUCACACUGACUGCAUUGUUGACACUGAUGAGAAACGAGACCGAUUUGCCACCAUACUGGUUUACUUGAAAGAUGUAGAGGAAGGUGGAGAGACAAAAUUCCCCCAACUGGGAAUCAGUGUGAAGCCUCAUAAAGGUCUGGCAUUAAUAUGGAACAGCAUGAACACUCGUGGGGAGUGUGACCCCACCUCGAUACACAAUGCAGCCAAAGUGAUUAAAGGACACAAAUUUAUUAUACAGAGGUGGUACUACUACCAUAAUUUCCCUGCCCUUGGAAAACGACCUCCACAGCCAGCACUGCCGAAGCGUGGAGAUUAUCAGCCCAGAGUGUCUUGCGAUGAGUACAAGCAGGGCAGCUGUCGGUGGUACGAUGAAUGGAAUUAUGAUCACAUUGUUGAUUACACAGCUAAUCUACACAACCUUGUCUGAAUAUUGACAGUCUCGACAAAGUGAAUUUUUUGACAUUUUAAGAAUAAGAUGAAUAUUGUAAGAUCUUACCAUCAAUUAAAAUCAGUCAUUUUAUAAUCCAUUAAAUAUUUUCGCUCAAAUGUGAUUUCUUUAAAUAUGUCAAUGCACUAAAUAUGCCCCUGGUAAAAUUGAAGAAGAGUGUCCAGUGAUAUUGUCUCAGCAAUAUUCUCAAACCCUGCAUCCAUUGGAAAGAAACUUGUCCAGCCUUCAAGAGUUGAUUCAAGAUACUGGGAGAGUGUUUGUUGUUACAAGAUAAUGGACCAACUUAUUUGAUUAGAAAGUUACCAGUAUCUUGAAAAGGUCACAUCUGUUUGGGAUGCCAAGCUGUUUAUGAUCUCAUGUCCCUUGGAUGAUAAGGAUAAUAAACAUGAACAGAGCUCAGAUCGCCUUUUAAUUCAAAAACAGGCAAUUUGAGCCCUUAAAUGUGUAAGGGAACGAUUUAACGACAGUUGUGAAAACUUUUUGAAUUUACAAGGAUUUGUAUGGAAAACCAUGUCAGUAUGACUGGGUGGCACACGUUUUUUUUUCUUAUACGAAUGCUUCUAACUUUCGGCUGCCAUUGUCACUACUUUUGAUAUGGCUGAAAAUUGUCAGGUUACAUAAUUUUAAUGUGCUCUUUCAGCCUGGGCUAACAAAUUUUUUCGAAAGUGAACUGUUUUCGUGUGUACAAAAGUUGAUCACAUGAUCAACUCAGGCAAAGAGCAGAUUGUAAGCUUUGAAACUCUUUAUGGUGGCCAAUUAACAUUAUCAACUCAGUUGAUUAAACCAACUUUACCUCGAGACACAACAUUUCAGAUUUUUGAUGCUGUAGUACCACCAAAUAAGAUAUUGAUCUGAUCUGAUCUGAUCUGUAGAUUUGUCCAGAAAAACAGGCAUUGCCAACAGGAAGAUUAAUGGGACAUUUCAUUUCAUUUCAACUUGGCAAUAUAAUUCUUGACCAUAGGGAUGAGAAUUAAGAAACUUGAGACUAGAAGUAUAAAACAAUGCUCAGACUUUUCUGUUAAAAUUUUUAAUAGUACUGAGUAUGUGGUAGUAGGAAUACAAUAAGUUACACGUGUUUGGCAAAAUGUAUGUCCAAGUAACUGUACUCUCCUAAAAUAUAGAGAGCAUCUAAGAUAUAUGAAGACAUUGAUAAUUAUAUAAUGUUCACUAUAAUUAUCACUUUUUUUUAGAGAUGUUGAAAUCACACCCAAAACUUGGGGCUAGUUUAAAAAAGUCCAAGGAAACCAACCUCAACACAUCUCUCGACAGAAACUGACAAUUCCACAAAAUAAAUAUGAGAAUGUUCCCUGACAGAAAAUUUUAGUUCUUGUUCCAUGUUAUUCAAAGGCAGAUUAUGUCCUUUGGUUACUGGUAACACUGACCUAGCCUGUAGAUCAGUUAGUAGAGGCACAAAACAGGUCUCAGUACACAAACUCUGGAGCAGCCUUCACUGUCCAGUAAAUCUACAACAGAUUUGAUUCUUUUUAAGUGUAAAAAUAUACAAGUAUCAUAUAGUUAUUUCAAUCCAUAAAAUAUUUACAUCAGGAACUGUAGUAUACAUUAAGAAUUAAGUCAAUGAAUGCUGUAUAGGUUUCUUUUUAUAUAAAACUCCUGAACUGUUCAACGCGUUAUCACUGAAAGGUUUGUCUUCAUUAAGUUACACUUAAUAUUAAAUCUAUCAAUAUAAUACACUUUUUCAACAUGAUAACUGAAAACCAUAAUAUACAAUCUUCACACGCUCAAACACCUCUUAACAAUACUGUGGCAAGGGUGAUUGCUCCUUUUUUUUUUUAUACAUAUAAAAUUUGAUUAAGAAAGCUUCAAAAUACCAGCACUACAUCGGACUUGUUAAAAAAAAAAGAGAAACUAGAGAACUUUAACAUGCAAAACAAGUAUAUGGAAAAAACCUCUUGUGUAAACAAUGGCAACAAGUUAGAAAUACACUUUAAAGAGGAAUCUUAAAAAUAUUCAAGCUUAGAAAAUCAAACCAGAGCCAUCAUUUACAUUUUUGUCUCAACACCAAGUCAAAUGCUGCAUCACAAGAAUACCCUUCUCUCCUAAAUAUUGACCAAUAUUUUUCAUACUUUUGUCAGGACUGGUCCAAAACAUUUGAACUAACAAAAAUAUCAAACCAUCCCUUUAUCCUUUCACUCCCAAGAAUAACUAAAAUAAAAUACCUUCUUACACUGUAUCUACAUUUGCAAGCAGGCAGGUGAUGAAAAGUAAGAAAAAAAUAAAAUAGGAGAUUGUAUACCUAAAACCAAACUCUCAGAUUACAAUUUAUAAGAAAUGUGUGAAAGACAUUGCAAAGAAUCAAAAUCAAGACUGAGUGAGGUAGAGGGUUCAAUUGAGACAAAAUAAUGUUUAAAGAUCUUUAGCAUCAGAUGCCUCGAUAAACUGGACCUUACAGACUUCACUACCAUACAACACAACUGAGAACACACACUGAUCUCUGGAAAAGAAACGCCAGCCAUGUAGACAAGCCAUUGUCAUACAGUGGAGAAAAAUAAAAAAAAAUAAAAUAAAAUAAA